CUUGGGUUUCUCUGUUGGCGGCGGCAUUCGCUGUCAUGUUCGCGUGGACUUGAUCUCCCUCGCAGUUGAGUUUCUAAGCCCCAGAGUUCCAUCAGGCGCCAUUACCUGGUCUUGCCGCCUGUUGUGCCCGUGUCAGUGGACGUACGGGUCUUCAUGACGAGCUGAACUCUGCUGGACUGCGGUUUCUAGACCGGGGCGAGUUUGGAGUCUGAAGAUCUGGGUUCGACAUGGAUAUGCGGGAGGCAGCGCUGACGUGUCUCUUAUUGAUGCUGGCAUUGGGCUGUGCUGGGAAACGGAGUGAAGACAAGUGUCCUCUGCCCGGAUGCAAUGUGGACCCCGCAACACAACUGAGCUUCGAUGCCGUGAGCUCGAUCCACGCGCGCAUGGACGAUGAUGACGACGGCACCAUUGACACGAGGGAGAGCGACGGCUUCCUGCGUGAGGACAUGGAGUACAGCGACCCGGCCACACAACAUCGUCGCUUCCACGGCGGAGACCAGACAAUAACGCUUAAAGAGAUGUGGGCAGCCUGGCUUGCAUCUGAUGUUUACAAUUGGACAGUGCAGGAUGUGGCACUGUGGCUGGAGACCAUGGUGGAGCUGCCCCAGUACCUGGAAAACUUCCUCGAGAACAACAUCGACGGGCCGAGUCUCCCCAGGUUGGCCAUCACCAACCACACAUUCAUGACCACCAUUCUGAAAAUCCCGGAGAGGAGCCACCGACACAAACUGCAGCUCAAGGCCCUGGAUGUGGUGCUGUUCGGGGCACCACUGUCGGCCCAGCGGAGCCGCGUGAAGGAUGUGGCUUUGGCUGUAGCGGUGGUGGCAGCUGUGACGGGCUGCUGGCUGGCACUGGUGCAGCGUCGUCGUGCCCUGGAGCACGUUGCUCGCGUUACUACCGAGCUUGACAGCCUUCAAAGGGCAGAACAGAGUCUGCUCGACAUGCAGGCCAGGCUUCUGAAGGCCCAGGAGGAGCAGCGCCAGGCAGAGGAGGAAAAGCAGAACCUGGAGAUGCGGCUGCAUCAGGAAGCGACCAAGCGAGCACAAGAGUGCUCUGCCCAGCCCGCGGAUGAGCACGAGUUGAAGGGGCAGGGCGAGUGGUCGUUGGGCGAGUGGGCGGUGGACGAGCGGGCGGGAGGCGAGUGGGUGGCGGGUGAGCGGGUGGAGUAUGAGCCGAGCGUACUGCAGGCGUGGCUGCAGCUCACGCAUGAGAUGGAGGUGGUGCACCAUGCGACGGCUCGUUCUCAUGCUGAACGCCAGCUCUCAGUCGCCCGUGACAUGGCCGAGAAGGUACAGCGAAAGCGCAGCUCAGUGCUGGGCGCAUUCUACAUCGCUCACAGCGCCUCCCUCGACGAGGUCGAUCACAAGAUCCUCACUGCUAAGCAGGCGCUGUAUGACGUGACCAACAGCCUGCGUGAGCGGCUCCAUCGCUGGCAGGAAAUAGAGAGAGUGUGCGGCUUCAAUAUUGUCCAGAACCCAGGCCUCAACUCCCUGCAGGCCCGCCUGAUAGAGGGGCGCCAGGGAGACGACGAAAUCCCAGCCUCGGCCUCCAUGCCUGUCUUAUCCUCGCGCCCAUCCUCGUCUUCCUUGUCUCUCUCAUCAUCCCAGUCGGCUAAUCAACUCCCCUCCAAGAGUCACGUGACCCGCUCGGUGGCCAAUGAUAUGGCUCCUGCGGCACUGCGAGCACGUUUUGCCCACCUUCCGCAAUCCGAUUGGUCAAGGACCGUGUCACAUGACCCUCUCCCUUUGGCGGGGCAUCUCCACAAGCCCAAAGUGGCUUUCACUGCAGGCUACGUGCGGCAGGGAACCAGCAUGGAGUCACUGGGCUCCAUAUCAUCUGCCCCCCUAGGCUGCACCUCCCAAUCACCGACAGGACAGGUCCCAUCGGGUCCUGGCCACACUCCUUCGGGCCCCGAAGACUCGAGUGAGAGCGACACCAGUGGCGGUGGUACCAGUGGAAGUCUGGGAAGGGGAGGGGCGAGCAGUCCAGGCAGCCAUGUGAUGAGGUCUUCGCCCACUGCGGCUGCGGUUGCUGCUGGAGCUCCGGUCACCAAGAAGAGCCGUGCCUUAAAAAUCACGCGCAUCUUCAAGAAGGCGAGCAUCUGAGGCCUCUGUACCAUCGCACGUAAAUAAAUACAAAUGUAGUGUUGCUUGUUUAGGGCCUCAUUCACUUGUUGAAAGGUAUCAUUUUAAUUUUGUCACUGAUAUUUUUGUGGAAACUGCAUUUCUAUCAGCCUAUGCAUUUAUUCCUUAAUUUACAGAUUUGAACACAAUUGAUGACAUAGCUGUCACAAACCGGCAUCUAGGCUGUCGAUUGAAUAACAAAUGAAUAGAUUUUAUACAAAUAAAAACGUAUUUUAUUGACAAGGUUUACUAAGAAAGGCUGAAACCCAGUGUACAGGGUAACAACAGUGCAAACCCAAGUAUGCAUUUCCCUCCCGCUGUGUCACUGUGCUGCGUGUUGCUGUGUCAUCACACUGGCACUAUAACUCGAUCAUCUGGGCUAUUGAGGGGAGAGGGGUGGCCUGGAUAAAACAAAAAGACAGAUAAUGGAAAAGAUAUUUAAAUUAGGCUAUAACAACAUAUUUAUUGUUUACCAGCUUGUAAUGAGGAUGAAGGCGCAAAAAGUGUAGGGUGUGUUGCUAACUAAAGCAAUCGAUUUGCUUGCUGACAUGUGUUUUUGGUCACGUGGACACUGAGUCGCUGACUCUCAACAAGUGAGCCACUGCUCAUAAACCAACAAGUGCAUAUAAAGGUAUUUUAUUUCUUUUUUUGCAAGUACGGUUAGUCCGCAACCAAGAGAGACGGCCCAUGGACAAUCGAAUGGUUCACUGUAUUUGGGCAACCAAGUAGUAGUGAAAGAAUGGCUUGGUGAAGACCGGUCAGUCGGUGACAACUGUGACCGGAGGUAGGCUCAGUGCAGUCCCCCAGUCAGCACAAGAACUACUUCAUCACUGUCGUAACAUUUAUGUUUGUCACCGUUAUGGUUCAUUCAUCAUAACAGUCACUGUUAUUGCCAUGUUUCUGGUUAUUUACUGUAUGCACUAUAAUAUGUAUGCUAGGCAUGUAAUAAUGCAUUGAUUUAUUGAUUCUUAUGAACGUGGUCAUAGAAUUGUGUAUAAAAGAAUCGAUAAUUUUUUUAUCCUGUAUAUUGUCUGUGGCAGCGGAGCCGUUAACAGCACUGUGCCAUCAACCCAGUAACUAGAGUUACAUUUCUGGCCAUAGCUGCCUUCAGUGGUGAGUGAUAUCUUAACUGGUCCUGUGCCCCCCACCCUUAAUCAACCCCAGUGACUAGUGUGGUGAAUAAUAGCGAAAUUUGCCCUAUAAUUGAAAUGGCGUGUUAACGCCUCAAGCACUGGAUUGAGAAAGGGCUGAUAUUGCAUGUUAUAUGUACUAUAUUCACAUAAACCUUGCAACCACCCGAGAUCCCACAUGGACUGCGGUCAGUGGCAAAAAAAGUAUCGAUUCUUGAAUCAUUUGGCGACAAUAUUUACCUGUAAGCUCAUGAUAUGUAUGUGUGUGAAUGCUUCUUCUCCUUCUGAAAUAACCCGAGUCUACAUGUCUCAUGUAGACUCCGAGUCCAAUUAAUGUGGUUUAAUGGUUUAUUUCACAUAUGAAUAAAAAGCAUGAAACUUGAGUUGAGAAACACAAAAGGCCAUUAUAACCUCAAUUGUUGCAAUUGAGUCGAAGCAUGGAUUAACUCUUAUUUGCUGAUUGAGAGACAGUGUCUUAAAACAUCUCACGCAGUUUCUAGUUGACAAUUUACAGUAGGCUCCUACUAUCGUGGACUUCUUGUUUGCAUGAGUACAGUGGCUGAAAGUGUUAUACAAAUAAGAUGACCGUUAUAGCAGUCAUCGAAACGUACCACGUUUCACCCCAGUGCUGUUGGGAGUCCGAGGAGUUAUCGCAGAAUGUAUGCUUUUUGUUUCUUAAUGACUGUGUCAGGACCUGGCCACUUUGAGCCUCUUCAGAGAUUAAUACUUUUCAGUGCCUUUCUGUUUUGUUUAAUAACAUUGCAUGCUGUGCAACACAUUGCCACCGGUUAGUAGUGGUUGAGCUGGAAAGUAUUCCUUUUUUCAUAUCAUCGUGGUACAUUGCAUCUUUAAAUCCGCUGAAUAGCUUUUUUCCAAUGAGAAAUGUGUGAGCUCCAGCCAUUGGGGGUCCCCAUUAAAUAUGAAUGGUUUUACUUUGCUUUCGCUUUAAGUCAAAGUGCCUUAAUAUUUAUAAGCCAAAGAAUUAAACGCAUGUUUAAAAAGAGCAAUGAUUGUCGCAUGCAUUAUACAAUUCAUGCUAUAAAUCUAGACCAGUCGGCAUGUAACAAUACAUCAGUUAAUCAAUUAAUGUAAAUUAUCAUAAUGUAUAAGCAUCAACUCGCGAGUGUACGAAUACUUUUCUGCAAUUUGUAAUAUAUUUCAUGUCAAUUCUGCAGCCUUUAAGAGACUAUCGCUAAUUGUAAUGUUUAAACAACAACCAUUUAUUGAAGUAUAUAUUGACCCUCAAUUGUGACAACUUGUCUACUCACCAGUAGUUUAUGGAAGUGAAUCAUUCCACUCCUGCUAGGACAGCCUACUUGUUUGGUAUGUAGGAGGUCGUGGGUUCGAUCCCGACCCUGACACCUGUAUAUAUGGAAUUUGCAUGUUCUCCCCGUGGUGGCAUGAAUUUUUCUCCAAGUACUCCGUUUUUUCCCUCCAAACUUAGAAAAACAUGCGUUUUAGAGUAUUUUGCUGCUAGAAAUUUUGACAUUAAAAGCUAUUUCGUUGAGCUAUCAUUUGUGGCCAGGUCGCUUCUGAAAAAUAGCUACGUAGCUCAUUAGGCUUUACCUGGUAAAAUAAAAAAAGUUUAAUAGUUAUAAAAAAUAGUUUACUUCAGGUUAUAUAUAGUAGUUUGAAUUUUAAUGAUUUAUAAUUUUGGGGGAGUUUUGUCUGUAGUUGGUUAAAACGUCAUUCCCGAAGGACAAUCUGCACUAUCCAACCGAGAGUUAACGCUUUUGGUAAGAGAACUGUUGGUUGGUGAAUAUAUGGGUGAGAAGAUUGGGCAGAGAGAAACAUAUUUUUGGGAAAACUCUGCAAUAAUAUAUUCCAUCUCCUCCAGAGGGGGUGUUUCUCACCUUUGUAUUGCCAUGUGGAACCACGGGAGAGCAUUCCUGUAUUUAUGCAAGUGUCGGUACACCUUUAUUUAAACAGUCAGGACAUUCCGUUAUUCAACCAGUGAGUGCAUUCCUUUAUUUAACAAUAGUAAAACAUUCCUUUAACAAGGGGAGAAUGUUUUAAUUAUAAAAGUGGUUGAAUGCUUUACAUGGGAGUUUGCAAAGGGUUGGGGCUUGCCCCGUGACUGCUCUCUGGUAGCCCUGCACCUCACUGUGAAUCUGAUGUGCGUUAUUUUGCCUUGAUCCGAUGUGUGGUAUAUUGUUUUGGUCUGCACAUGUUUUCCCAGCUGAUGGGGAUUGUUAUUAUCAGGAGAUGGCGUCCAUUGCUUCGCAUACUUGGUAUGGGGUGUUUUGCAGAGUGUAGACCUGCUUGAGCUAUUGACGGGGUUGGCACUGGUGCUGAGUCAUGUUUGUGAACACUCUCACACUUAUACACUCACACACAAUAACACUAAUCAUCACCAUCUCAUAUGCCAACACUCAAAUAUACUUCCAAGACACACACCAUCACUCGCACUCAAAUACAUCAACACACUAACAUUCACCAGCACUUGCACAACAACACAUACACUCACACUUACGUACUUCAUCUUUCAGCCGUAUAUCUUGAAUACACCGUAAUUCACAUACACUAAACACAUACAGCAACGUUCACUAUAACUAACAUACAACACUGACGAACACAUACACCAUCACUCGCAUGCACCAACACUCAACCACACAAACCUGACAUGGCAACAGCCAACACUCACAAGUUCUACACUUACACUUCGACACCAACACUCUUAACGUACACACGUAAGAACCAACAGUCACUGAAAUAAAGACGCCAACACUCACUCACAAGCACAUGGUCACCAACGAGUAUACAUUUACCAAUGCGUGCUGUUGCCCAUCAAUACAAUAUCACCAACAUACACACACUUUCCUACAUACCAACACAUACUGGCAUUCGAUAAUUAUACACAUUCGCCCUCUCUUACUCUUAGGCUGGAUUCACACUGGAUUUUAGACGUGCGUUUAGUGGAUGUCACAUGCUUUGUGUAAAUCCAUUCAACCAUCCACAAACGUAUUAACUUUAGAGUUACUUGGUGUCACGUAGUGUGUGUUUAUCGUUUGGGCCGAUAUUUGGCCCACAUUAACAUUUGGACACUCUCCAACUAAAUAUAAAAAAAUCCUUUCAGAUUUUUUCGUUAUCCUUGGAAAGUAAUGUACAAUAGCUAAUGAUUUAAAGCUGGUUUCUUCACCAAUUAAAUUGAAUACCCAUUAGAAAUACAUUUCUCACCCAAUGCACUUAAUAACGAAGAACUCUGAAUUUGACACCAAUGUUCUGACUUAUUUUUUUUGCCCUUGAAAGCAGGGCUGCUACGAUCAUACAGCAGCCAUGGAAAUGCCCUCACUUCUGCUAUUAACAUCUCGUUGAAUUCCACUCGGUGUCCUUUAUGGGAAGCUGCUUGCCACUCCCCAACCCUGAUUGGCUACAGUUCCACUCGCUGAACUAUAAAGUUCUACUCGCGUUUAUUAAAAUGCAUUCACGUUACAGCCCGUAAUUGAUGUCGCCUCUUUUAAAUGAUUUAGAACUGCUUUUUGUGUUUAGUUUGUUGUCCUCCACUAAUUAGCACGGUUAGCUAAGUACGAUGCGAAAUAAGUUCAACAUACAUAAUAGCCAUUCGGUUUUGUGUAUGCGUUAAGCGAUCCUGUGUGAACUCAGUCAGGCACACUCCCAACAAACCUCCCAAUGGCCCCACACCCCUCACUAACAAACACCAUUGUUGCCACAAAUUGACACUUGCGCAGUUGAGCUUUCAUCACUUGUGCUGGUGGAACCUCAAAAAUGUUGGUGGUGCCUUCUGUGUACCUGCUUUUGUGCCCAUUGUCGGUUGAAAUAAAUAUAGUGCUUUAUGCCA